AUGGAGCCCAUCCUAAUAGACUCCAGCGAUGAGGAAAACACGGCUCCCAAUGGAGCCUACGACAGACCUGCGACCCCCGAGAUCCCCGGAUGCGCCCUGGCACCCCCGUCGCCCCCCAUACGGCCCACUGCGUCCAGAGCGCCACCGCGCCGGGCCACGCCGCGCCUCAUGUCCGAGUCCUCGGACGAAUCGUCACCAGCAUCGCCACCGCAGCGCGCCGCGCCACCAGCGCAGCACCCCAUGUCCGAAUCCUCGGACGAAUCUCCCCCAACAUCGCCACCACGACGCGGCGCACCACCAACGCCUCCGCGACGCUAUCGAGGCCCGCCAAAUCCGGAUGCGCCGGGCCAUUCUCGUUGGUUCCACAACCCGCGCCGCGCUCCAGGAUACCCAGACCCGACCGCUGCUGCCCCACCACCUGAAGGGCGUUACAGUCCGUGCAGCCCUCGCCAGCAGGACCCUGAGCCAGACGAGGACGACGAGGAGGAAGGCUCUCGAACCCCCAGUCCGGCUGCCUCGGCACGCGACGAGGACUACGUGCUGGAAGAUGUCACUGACAGCGAUGCCACACCUCCGUACCCCGGAUACCACGGGGAGGAAGCCAGUGAGCAGGACGAUGACGACGCUCAAACGAUCAGCAGCGACAGCGAGCCAGACGAUGGCCCCCUUACGGCCGACUCCCGACCCGAUCGUCACCUUUCCCCCGUCACCGGAGAGGCUAUGUAUAAUGGCCCCGGACGAGGACUGGGAAAUAGACAUGGAGAACACACCCGCGGUCCGCCCGCCGUCGCCAGCACUGGGGGAGGAUGCGGCCCUACCAUCUUCCCCGGCGACCGGGCAGAUGACAACGCCCCACUGGCGUCCACGAGCCAACAAGCGCUCCGCAUCAUCAACCAGACAUACGACGACGCACCACUGGCGUCCACGAGCCAACAAGCGCUCCGCAUCAUCAACCAGACAUACGACGACGCACCGCUAGCAUCCUCAAGCCAAGGCUCGAUCCCCACCGCCAACGAGACCACCGAGCAUUGCUACCAGCCCACCGGGAAGGUUAUGCAGUUGGAGUCUGAGUCCAGUGAUAGCGAAACAGAGACGGGACAGAAGUUCCGCGAGCGAGUCGCCAUACCAGCCGCGUGGUGGACCAAUACUCACGACCAACGAGUUCCACUGGCGGUCUGGCAGGAGAUAGAGCGCCGGAGCUAUGCCGCACGUUACUGCCGUCAGCGCAUCCGCGUCCGCACGCAGGAAGGCCCCUACCAAAUCACGAUGAAGACGUCAGGACGGGUCCAAAUUCGUUUCGGCUCGGCGGAGUAG